AGCUUCUUUUUCCAAGAUUUGCCCGCCAAUCUUCGGCGUCUCUCUCCCUCUCUCCCUCUCUCCCUCUCUCCGGUGAGGGUUCCUGCGACAGAACACCGUCAUAGUCACUCAGUUUAUGACGGCGGUGUCGAAUAUCUGUGGGGAAAUCGUGACAUAGAAAGACUCCGGAUGAUGGGUCGAGUUCAGAAUAGAUCCCGGGAAAGGAUAAAGUGAUUUGCCGAUAUGGGUUCCGAGGUUCCGAUAGAAAUUGUCGAAGAAGCAGACGAGUUCGAUUGGGAAGCUGCGGUGAGAGAAAUCGACUUGGCUUGUCAGAAGAACACCUCAAAUGCUUCUUGUUCUGUUCCUCAUCCGUCUUCAUUUCUUUCUUCAUCGUCCCAUUUCGUUUCCACCACCGAUGCUUCUGUUAGGAAGAACAAUCUGGGCGGUCCUGCAUUCGGCAGUGGCAAUAAACCUGUGGCUACUAAACAGUCUACGCUCGAUAGGUUUAUUGGAAGGACUACGGGCAUACCUCCACCGGGCAAUCGAAUAGUUUCAAAUCCGCAAGUAAAUGAAUUUUUUGUGGACGACGAUGAUAAGAAUCCUCGCGUCGAUAUUGAUCCAGAGGCAGCUAAAACUUGGAUUUAUCCAGUGAACGUUCCUCAUCGAGAUUAUCAAUUCUCAAUAACUAAGACUGCUUUGUUUUCAAACACAUUGGUGGCGUUGCCGACAGGGCUCGGUAAAACACUUAUAGCUGCUGUCGUCAUGUACAAUUACUUUAGAUGGUUUCCAGAAGGUAAAAUUGUCUUUGCAGCGCCUUCUCGGCCACUCGUCAUGCAGCAGAUUGAGGCAUGCCAUAAUGUUGUGGGUAUACCCCAAGAGUGGACAAUUGACAUGACAGGUCAGACAAGUCCUGCCAAGAGGGCCUGCUUGUGGAAAAACAAACGGGUUUUCUUUGUCACUCCACAAGUUCUCGAGAAAGAUAUACAAUCAGGCUCAUGUCAUGUGAACUACUUGGUUUGCUUGGUAAUUGACGAGGCUCAUCGAGCAUCAGGGAAUUAUUCAUACUGUGUUGUAGUUCGUGAGCUGAUGCUCUUUAAUCUUCAGUUGAUGGCAGUACCGGUGAAGUUGAGAAUACUGGCUCUCAGUGCAACUCCUGGGUCAAAGACACAGGCCAUCCAAGGUAUCAUUGACAGUUUGCAGAUAUCCACACUCGAAUAUCGAAAUGAGAGUGACCAUGAUGUUAGCCCUUACGUUCACAACAGAAAAGUGGAACUAAUUGAGGUUCCCUUGGGUCGAGAUGCUGAUGAGAUAAAUAAACGCCUGCUAGAUGUUAUACGUCCUUAUGCAGCCAGGCUCAGUUCGUUUGGACUUAUUCAAAACAGAGAUUAUCAAACUUUUAGUCCGUGCGAUUUACUUACUGCAAGGGAUAAAUUUCGCCAAGCACCUCCUACAGGCCUUCCCCAUGUAAAUCACGGAGAUGUUGAAGCUUGCUUUGCAGCUCUUAUUACUCUGUAUCACGUACGUAAGCUCCUUUCGAGUCAUGGAAUAAGGCCAGCAUAUGAGAUGCUAGAAGAGAAGUUACAGCAAGGGCCAUUUGCUAGGCUGAUGAGUAAAAAUGAAGACAUUAGGAAAGCAAAGCUUUUGAUGCAACAGAGCAUGUCAAAUGGGGCACCAAGCCCCAAAUUGUCGAAGAUGUUAGAAGUGCUAGUUGAUCAUUUCAAAAUGACGGAUCCAAAGUCAUCAAGGGUCAUUGUUUUCUCAAAUUUCAGAGGAAGUGUUAGAGACAUAAUGAGCGCACUAGAUAAUAUUGGAGAUGUGGUUAAAGCAACCGAGUUUAUUGGUCAAAGUUCAGGCAAGACAUUGAAAGGGCAGUCCCAAAAAGUUCAGCAGGCAGUUCUGGAGAAAUUCAGAGCUGGUGGGUUCAACGUCAUUGUUGCGACAUCUAUUGGUGAAGAAGGCCUAGACAUAAUGGAAGUUGAUCUAGUUAUAUGUUUUGAUGCUAAUGUUUCGCCAUUGAGGAUGAUUCAACGCAUGGGAAGAACUGGAAGGAAGCACGAUGGACGAGUUGAUAUCCUUAAACGAUUUUUUUUGUCAACAUGUCAUUUGAUUUAUGCAUAUGUUCUCGAUCAUUUCACCAUCUUAUUUCCAGUGAAAAUUAUGUUGGAGCACAUUGUUAUGCAAUUCCUUGACAAGCCUUUACUAGUUCUCGCUUGUGAAGGGUCAGAAAUAAAGGCAUAUACGAGAAAGCAAGCAAAUGGUCGGUCUAUAAAAAAGCACAUGCGAAAUGGAGGAAUGAAUAGCUUUGAUUUUCAUCCAAGUCCGAGGAUGAUUCCCCAUGUUUUCAAACCAGAAGUCCAGUUUGUUGAGCUUUCAAUCAAACAAUUUGUUCCUCGUGGAAAGAAGCUGCAAGAAGAUGUUGGCACCACCUCUGAGACUCCUGCUUUCCAGAAAAAACUUACACCUGCGGAGACGAAUCUGCUUGCCAAGUAUUUCAACCAAGAUGGAGGAAGCACGCGGAGACCGUCGUUGAUUGCAUUCCCUCACUUCCAAGCAUUGCCUUCCAAAGUGCACAAUGUAAUGCAUUCACAUAGGACAGGAAUGUUGAUUGAUGCCAUGCAGUGCUUGCAGGAUGCAACAUUUUCUGAACAGAACAAAAGCUUCUUCACUGAGUUGCAGGAUGAAGCCCCUUUGAGCAACAAAGAUGGGUUUGAUGCAGCCUUGCAAGUCGGUGAUGGCACAAAAGAUUUGCCAUUUUUUGACGAUUCGCUAGACAACACAUCACAAACAAAAGCUAAGGACCCUGCAGCAUCUCCCACAAGCACUUUAGUGACCGCUGAGAAAGAUUAUGAAGAAUCUUUACCAACACAUCAAUAUCUUUUCGGCUCAGAAUGUGUAUCCGUCGAUAAUCUGGGGAAGGUCUUUGUUAUGCCUGUUCCCGUUUCACUGUCUGCUUAUGUGCCAUGUUCGAAGUGUACUGCUUUGACUAAAACAGGACAUUCUGGCCUCAAUGCAUCCGACAUUGAUCUUAUUAUGAAAGCUUCUCAGGCCAGAAACCUUGACAUUUCACACGACUUUAAACAAGGAGAAUCGCCAAAUUGGGUCAUUCCGGUACAAGAGGCUCAAAUUUUAGAGAAUGAUCUUUCAGAGGAUGAAGGCAGAAGAGAGGAGAUUGAUGAUGACAAAAUCUUGAUAUUAUCGGAUAAAGAUGAUUUUGACGAAGAGGAGCUUAGUCCGAGGCUGACUAACUUUAUCAAGAGUGGUGUUGUUCCUGAUUCACCCGUCUAUGAUCAAGGGGCUACGAAAGAAAACAACAUAGAAGAGGAAGAGGAACUUGAUCCUCCAGAGCUGUCUUCACCUGUCGGGUUUAAUAGUGAUUUGGCACAAGAGCCUUCUAAAUCAAAGAGAAGGAAUGAAGAAGGUGGGGAGUCUCACUAUACGUCUGGGAGCAAUGAAUUGAAAACUCCCCAGAUGAAGAAAGAUUUGGCAAGUGAAAGAAGGAACUGCUUCAUGGUUUCUCCCGUUCCGGGGGAAUGGAGAACUCCCUUGGCAGAUAUCACAAGCAGCAAUGCUAGCAAGGAUUGGCGGUUAAGUUCUGGAGAAAAAUCAGAAAUCACCAGGCAGCCUCGCAAGUUAAAGAGAUUGCGUAAGCUUGGAGAUUGCGCAGCAACUUUGAAAGAGAACGGCUCUGGUAUGGCAGAAGUGAAUCAUGCAAGAUCUCGUCCUCACACUAGUUUUCGUGGAAAAAAGCAUGUCGGAGGCAAAAAGAACUGCUUAGACGCCAAUGUCAGAGUCUUCAUCGAUGAGGAAGCCGAGGUUUCUUCAGAAGCCGAAAUGUCGGCUGAUGAGAAGGAUGAUGUGGCUGAUAACUCGUACGAAGAUAGUUUCAUAGAUGAUAGAACAAACCCUACGUCUAGUACUCAAGCUAACUCUGGCAAAGUUGACAUGAUGGCCAUUUACAGACGUUCUUUGCUCAGCCAAUCACCACUUCCAAGGAGGCUAUUCGAUUUACCCUCAUCAAGCCCGAGUCCCGUCUCUGUUGGGCCCUUGACGAUAAUAAACGAGAACCAAAGCUCUUCAGACAGAUCACUGUCUUCUUUAAGGACCCCGAGAACAAAUUCAGAACCUUCGGACAUAAACCUGAACAUGACAAGCAAAGGAGAUGAUGUUUCGGGGGAACAUGACACGACAGCAACAGAGACUCGAAAGAGGAAAUUCGGCUUACAUAAUAACACGGGAAACGUCCCGAUGAUCAAUCUAGAGGACAAGUUUGCUUCACUGGAACACUCUGAGACAGUUAGAGACAAUGCCGAUGCAUUGGAAAAUGGUGACGAUGAUGAUGAUGCAUUCUAUGAGACAUUGGAUUUCGAUGCGGUGGAAGCACAGGCCACGCUGCUAUUGAAACAGAGGUCAGAGGCAGAGGCAGAGGCCGAAGCCACUGUUUUACGUUCGCAUUUGCGUUGUAAUGAUGUGGAGAAGGAUAAGCCUUCUUUUGAUCUGGGAUUCUGGUGAUUCUUUGUGGCUAAGAAAGAUGGUUUAAGUUAUUUUGUAAAGAGUGACAAGAUGGUAACGUAGUGUGUAAGGUAGGGUUUUUUUCA